GGUUCAGGGAAUAAUCUGAACCACACCACUAGCCACAAUCUCAAUCUCUCUCUUUCUCUGGUACGUUCAUUUUUUUUGCUACCCUUCCUAGGGUUUCUGCCAUUUAUACACAGCCUCUGUGCUCCUUCGGGGUUUCCACACUAGUAUCAGGUCCAUGCUUCAAUUGCCUUUUCGAUUUUCCAUCACCCACAUGUAAUUUCUGUUCAAAGUCUUUGACUUUGGGGAUUUCAUGACUUUGUGCUACUGAAUUCUCAUCUGGGUGGUGAUUCAAUUGGCUAAAUUCACUGUUUUCAAGUAGGGUAUGAUCUUAAGACUAGGAUUUUUGAUCUGGGUGUAGUUGGUUCUGGUCAAUUUCGAGUUUAGGGGUUGCGAUUUCAUCUGGGUUGGGGCCAAAAUUUGAAAUUUCAGUGCUUUUUUUUUUACUCAAUUUGAGAAUUAGGGUUCGUGUGUCUCUCGCCAUGGACGAUGGAGAGCUUGAUUUUUCGAACCAGGAGCUUGACUUUUCGAUUCCCAACAUGACCGGUGAGCUUCCUAGUAGUUGCUCAAUGGAGAACAUAUUCGGUGACUUCUUCAAGGAGACUGACACUGCUUGCACUCACAACCACAUUUGCAACCCUCCCUCGGGGCCUGACUCGGCUCAUAGGCACACUUGCAUUCAUGUCCACACUAAGAUUUUGUCAUCGGGUGCGAGUGAGGACAAGGCUGGAACUGAUGAUACUGCUGAGUCUGGGGAGAAGAACUCGAAGAAGCGGCCUUUGGGGAAUCGGGAAGCUGUUCGAAAGUACAGGGAGAAGAAGAAGGCUCGAGCAGCUUCAUUGGAGGAUGAGGUUAUUAGGUUGAGAGCUGUGAAUCAGCAGCUGAUGAAGAGGUUGCAAGGUCAGGCUGCAUUGGAGGCCGAGAUUGCGAGGCUCAAGUGUUUGCUUGUGGAUAUUAGGGGGAGGAUUGAGGGAGAAAUUGGAUCUUUUCCGUAUCAGAAGCCAGUGAAUCCGGGUAUGCAGAAUCCGAACUAUAGCAGUGCUUAUGUGAUGAAUCCAUGUAACAUGCAGUGUGAUGAUCAGCUCUAUUGCCUUCAACGAGGGAACGAUGGAAAACGUGGAGAUGGGGUGGCAAUGAAUGGCCAAGGGUUUAGUGGUUGUGAAUUUGAGAAUCUUCAGUGUUUCACAAAUCAGGAUGGAGGAUCAAUGGGGCUUUCUGGAUGUGACCUUGGAAAUGUGAUGUUAGAAUCCAAUGGCAGUCAUUCUGGCACAAAGAAGAGGAAAGGAGGGGCACGCGCUGCUGCAGCGAAUUGAAGGAAUGGGAAAGUGGAGUCAUCAAGAGUACAUACGGUCUUGCAAUAAGUAGUUUAUCAAACUGCAACAUCAUCUUCCCCUCAGGUUGUUCUUUGUUAUAUGGUUAAGUUUUUCUCAUUGAACCAUUGUUGGGUUCUUUGAAAGGGUAUGAUUUACUUUUAUCAAGCUAAAAUUUGCUGGAAUCACUGGUACUUUAGUUUGUCUUUGGGUUGGAGAAUUAUAUAAGUAGAACUUAUGGCAGAACGCAACUUAACCGUUUUCUGUGAAGCUCAUAUUCCUUUUAUUCUCUUCUUCCGAGUUGUCAUGGAUGUAUACUUAUAUCAAUCAAAUUUGUUUUCCUUCAUUAAGUAGUUCUCCUUUUCUUUUUUUAGUUGACUCCAGCUUUUCCUUCUCUUUCUGAGCUACAUGAAUU